AUGGCGACUACUCUGACCAGCUCAGACGAAUAUCCUCUGAGGCGCACACAGUCCACCGGCGAUCUGCCAGACGUCGACAACGGCCCUCGUCCCGGUCGACAUCGUAUGUCCACUUCCCCUCGCCGCUCAGAGAGCCAGACGCCGGCCAGCAUGCGUCUGCUCAUGGACCGCUCAACCACCCCAUCUUCCACUAUCGCCUCACCUGAGUCUGCCCAUCUUACAUCACAAACUAGGACCGUGCCCGCUCUCAUGGCGACAGACCGUAAUCCCGACAUCCACCUUGACGCGCGCACAGCAACUGUCAAUGCUCCCUCAGACAAUGAACCGCAUUCCUUGUCGAUCAGACUAUUACAGUUCCUGGGAUACACGGGUAAUAAUGCACGCGCCAGGAGGGACCUGAUUUCUCUCGUUUGGAAUCUCUCAUUCGGGUUAGCACAGUUUGCAGUAAUCAUUACGCUGCUAGCGUUCUCAGCGCAUCAUGAGAGCCCUACAAGUCCUGGUUUGUCUGAAUGGGAAGCUUGUGCAAGGCCACUGGGUGUUUGGAACUCUCUGUGGCUCGUCAGAGUGGCUCUGGGCUGUGUCUUGUCUGUCUGGGGUUGGUUUAGAGAGCGCGCUACGAGGAUAAAUCAAGAGCGGAGGCACGCCGAGGACGCCGAAGCUGGGCGCUCAGAAGCUACCCAGCCAACCUCAGCUCGCAGUGGGACUUCAGGCAGGCCUGCUCCUGCUCGAGGUUCUAGGUUGUCCGGCGCCGGUGGCCAGGCUGAGACUAACGCAGAUUCUUCCAUCAAUUCGAAGUACCCACAUUUGUAUGCUCGACUGUCGUUCCUUACCUCUUUCAUUUCUCUGGCUUGGUUUCUGACGGCACAUAUCCUCGAGUACACGUCCGUCAAGACCUGCCGAUUGUCAUCUCCUCAUCUCUGGUGGUUGACGUUUGGGAUCCUAUGCAUCUUGUACCUGACGAUCCUCGAAAUCUUCCUUCUUGGCUUACUGGUCUUCUUCGUUGGCCCCGUUAUCUAUCUGUUUUGGAACAUCGUACUCUUGUGUUUGGGUCGGCAUCCACUUCAAAACAUCAAACCCGAAAUCGGGAAGCUGCCAAAGUCAAUUGUGGACGAGAUACCGCUGGUGCUGUACAUACCGCCGCCGCCCGAUAGCUCUACUGAUGGAUUCAGCACCCCGACGGUACCACCGCCAACCCACUCAUAUCCUCCUAAGCCUCCUGCCCGGAGGUCGCGCAAACGCCGCUUUGCUUUCCUGCGGAAGUCUUCAAAGGGAGAUUCCGGAGGAAGCUCUUCCAAGGGUCUAUCGCAUAAGGUAAAUCAGCCCACAGGAGCCUGGGAAGACCGUUGGGAGCCGGGCGAGUACCCAUUCGUGAGGCUGGAGGGAAAUCGUGCGGCGUGUGCGAUCUGUCUCUUGGACUUUGAGGAGCCCAAGCGCGUUGGGGACAAAGAUGCUGUGCCAGCUACAGCAACGCCUGAGAACGAAGCUGAAACGGGCGGGGAGCCAGACACGACGAAUGCACCGGCGGAAGAAGUACAGGUCGAGGAAGUCUCCGAAGAGGAGCGGGACGCGCUGAUGCUUGGCGAUGCCGGAGAAGGCGCGCAACCAUUGCGUCUGUUGGCAUGUGGUCAUGUCUUUCACAAAACAUGUGUGGACCCAUGGCUCACAGACGUAUCUGGCCGAUGUCCGAUCUGCCAGCGCCCGGUCGAGGUGCCCCAGCGUGACGGGAAGAAAGACAAGCGAAGUCGUUGGACUUGA